GCCAUUUUUGUCGCUAUUCAUCACUUCGACCUGCAAUAAAUCGCCGAGGGCUUGCCCCGGUAGUCAGCUAUCGGUUCAUCAUGAAGUUCAACAUCGAGUACGACAUCAUUUCUUCUCAGGGCACCCCUUUUACUCACAUCAUCUAGUGACCUGCCUGUGCUAUUCCCUUAUCCCAGGAUAUAUCCAGAGCAAUAUGCGUGAGUUGUUGGGCGUUGUGGUGUCUGAAUGAGUGAGAUAGACUGACUGUGAGGCGCAUUAAGCUACAUGUGUGAUCUCAAAAAAACACUAGAUGCAGGGGGCCACUGUGUUCUGGAAAUGCCUUCGGGCACAGGCAAGACCGUGUCUCUUCUGUCUCUCAUUGUUGCGUACCAACAAUACAUGCCUGAGAAGCGCAAGCUGAUCUACUGCUCUCGUACUAUGUCCGAAAUCGAAAAGGCACUAGUAGAGCUGAAAUCUCUCAUGAAAUACCGAGCUGAGCAGCUCGGUUACGAAGAAGAGUUCCGUGGUCUAGGCUUAACAAGUCGAAAGAACCUGUGUCUGCAUCCUUCAGUCAAGCGUGAGAAGAGCGGUGCCAUCGUCGAUGCCCGUUGCAGGAGUCUCACGGCCGGCUUUGUCAAGGAGAAAAAGGAACGUGGAGAAAACGUAGAUGUAUGCGUGUAUCACGAUAACCUAGACCUUCUCGAGCCUCACAACCUUAUUCCUAAUGGCGUUUGGUCUUUUGACGACAUGAUUCGAUAUGGUGAGGAGCAUAAGCAAUGCCCAUACUUUACUGCACGGCGAAUGAUGCAAUACUGCAACGUCGUAAUUUUCUCAUAUCACUACCUGCUUGACCCCAAGAUUGCCGAACGGGUAUCAAAGGACUUUUCCAAGGACUGCAUCGUUGUUUUCGAUGAAGCUCACAACAUCGACAAUGUUUGCAUUGAAUCUCUCAGCACAGAUAUCACAGAGGACUCCUUGCGUAAAGCCACAAGAGGAGCUCAGAAUCUAGAGAACAAGAUUUCACAGAUGCGCGAUACAGACCAGCAGCAACUACAGAAUGAGUAUGAGAAACUAGUUCAAGGACUGCGUGAUGCUGACGAGGCACGUCAAGAAGAUGCCUUCAUGGCAAAUCCUGCCCUUCCCGAAGACUUACUCAAAGAAGCUGUCCCGGGGAACAUUCGGAGAGCAGAACACUUUAUUGCGUUCCUCAAGAGGUUCAUCGAGUAUCUGAAGACGAGGAUGAAAGUGCGCCAGGUCAUCUCUGAAACACCGCCUUCGUUCCUUGCCCAUCUCCGGGAGCAUACUUUCAUCGAGAAGAAGCCUUUGAGGUUUUGCGCUGAACGCCUGACAUCACUGGUUCGGACCCUCGAGCUUACCAAUAUUGAAGACUACCAGCCACUUCAGGAGGUUGCGACUUUUGCAACACUGGUGGCGACGUACGAGAAAGGCUUUCUCCUCAUCCUUGAGCCUUUUGAGUCCGAUACUGCUGAAGUCCCUAACCCGGUUCUUCACUUCGCCUGUCUUGACGCUGCCAUCGCUAUCAAGCCCGUCUUUGACAGGUUCUACUCUGUCAUUAUCACGUCUGGUACUAUUUCUCCACUGGAGAUAUAUCCCAAGAUGCUGGAUUUCUCAACUGUCAUUCAAGAAUCCUAUGCCAUGACCCUCGCUCGGAGAUCCUUCAUGCCUAUGAUUGUCACUCGAGGCAGCGAUCAGGCUUCCGUCUCAACCAGCUUUCAAGUGCGAAAUGAACCCAGUGUGGUUCGAAACUACGGCAACCUACUCACUGAAUUUGCUAAGAUCACGCCAGACGGGAUGGUUGUCUUCUUUCCGUCUUAUCUUUAUAUGGAAUCUAUCAUUAGUAUGUGGCAAGGAAUGGGUAUCCUUGAUGAAGUGUGGAAGUACAAACUGAUUCUCGUGGAAACACCCGAUGCACAGGAAACCUCGCUUGCUCUGGAGACAUAUCGCACAGCGUGCUGUAACGGUAGAGGUGCGGUUUUGCUCUGUGUCGCUCGAGGAAAGGUAUCCGAAGGUAUCGAUUUCGACCAUCAAUAUGGUCGUACUGUGCUGUGUAUUGGAGUUCCAUUCCAAUACACCGAGUCACGUAUUCUCAAAGCUCGUCUUCAGUUCUUGAGAGAAACAUACCGCAUCAAGGAGAAUGACUUUCUCUCCUUUGAUGCAAUGCGACACGCUGCACAGUGUCUAGGUCGAGUCUUGCGUGGUAAAGACGACUAUGGAAUCAUGGUCCUUGCCGACCGUCGAUUCCAGAAGAAACGCUCACAGCUACCCAAAUGGAUCAAUCAAGGCCUACAAGAGUCAGACGUCAAUCUGAGCACCGACAUGGCCGUCAGCAGCGCAAGGCGAUUCCUUCGGACUAUGGCGCAACCGUUCCGGGCUAAAGACCAGGAAGGUAUCAGCACCUGGGGAUAUAAAGACCUGAUGGAACAUAAGGAGAAGAUGGAUCUAGAGAGGAUUAAGGAGCUUGAGGAGGAAGCUCAACGGCCAAAGCCUGCCGCACAGGACAACAAUUUCGAGUACGACGAUGACGAGUUUGACCAAGAUAUGAUGGAGAUGGAUGGUUUCUAGAUCUCGUUCGAGCAAUUACGAUACCAGAUGUUAACGAUUUAGACUGCAAGGCCAAAAGCACAUCAAGUUCUAU